GACAUCGUCAAGACCGGAAUAAAUGUUUCAACAUAUUAAUGAAGUUUGGAUCAGAGCGCGUCUACAGAGAGCUGGACACGGUACCGCCGUUCAGCCUUGCAGCCAUCUUUCCUAGUGGCCACUCGCGGUAUUGCAGUGAAAAAAACCCUGUGGCUUCGCUUGCUUGUGUUCACGGUUCUCGGAGAGUGUUUAAAAAGGACAUCCGAUUUUAAAUUUGUGAAUCAAUCGGUUCAUCUUUAGCAGACAUGUCGGGCUGCAGGCUGAUGAGAGCCAUCAGUGUGAGUGAGUUCGGAGGUCCGUCAGUCCUCAGACUCUGCUCAAAUGUGACUGUUCCACAGCUUGGACGCAGACAGGUUUUGAUCCGUGUUCAUGCCUGUGGAGUGAACCCAGUGGAAGCUUACAUUCGUGCUGGGACGUAUGCCCGUAAACCCACUCUGCCCUACACACCGGGCACUGAUGUAGCUGGGGUGGUGGAAACUGUUGGAGAGGGAGUUGUUGCAGUAAAGGCAGGAGAUCGAGUUUUCACCACAGCAACAGAGUCUGGAGGUUAUGCAGAGUUCACUGUAGCAGCUGAAGACUGUGUCCACAAACUGCCUGACACUUUAGAUUUCACACAGGGAGCAGCCAUCGGGAUCCCUUACUUCACUGCCUACAGAGCUCUGAUUCACAAAGCCCAGUCCAAGGCUGGAGAGACUGUACUCAUCCAUGGAGCCAGUGGAGGGGUGGGUGUGGCAGCAUGUCAGUUGUCCCGUGCUCUGGGACUCAGGGUGUUUGGAACAGCAGGGACACCAGAGGGCAUGAACCUGGUUCUCAACAAUGGAGCUCACAUGGCCUUUAAUCACAGAGAAGAGGGCUACACUAAUAAAAUCAUGGAAGCCACAGACGGCAAAGGCAUAGAUGUGAUAAUGGAGAUGCUGUCAAAUGUCAACCUGAGUAAAGACCUCCAGAUGUUGGCCUACGGGGGACGUGUUACGAUUGUUGGCUCCAGGGGCCCCAUAGAGAUCAACCCCAGAGACACCAUGGCUAAAGAGAGCAGCAUCAUGGGAGUGGCUCUUUUCUUUGCCACACCGGAGGAGAAAAAGGAGUGUGCAGCAUUGCUCUACGCAGGGAUGGAAACUGGUUGGCUGCAUCCAGUCGUUGGUUCCCAGUAUCCACUUGACAAGGCUGCCCAGGCCCAUCAUGACAUUAUUGAGUCCCCUGGGGCUGCUGGAAAGAUAGUCUUGACCAUGUGAUGACACAACUGUAUCACAAGUUGAAGCUCACCAAGUAGGGUUCAGACGGGGAGACUCUUAACAGGCUGCUACAACAAGCAAAUUAUUAUUAAUAUGGUUGCCUUUAAGUUUAAGUGUUGCUGAAAAUGACCUUUUUACUAAAAUACAAACAAGCUUAUUGAUGUUCAGUGUUGUUCCUCAAAUUGAAAAAGGCAAUGACAGUAAUAUUAACUUGACAUGACAGGCACUAUGACUAUCUGUAUUUCAUCAUUCAUUUUAAUAAAUCAUGCUUACAAGGAAUGAUGUAAAAAGUUUCAGGGAGAGUCACUGUUGUAUUGUAUUCUCCACUUAUUCAGCUUGAUCUGAUCACUUUGUUUUUACAGUACAAGACUAGCUGGCCUGGUUACUUUGGCUACCUAUGUAAGUUUUAUGAAAUUUGCCAUGUUCAUUGUAGUAAACCCUCAAGUCUCCCUGAGCCACUUAGCUCUAUGGGCUGUGAUGACAUAUACUUAUAUUAAAGUCUGUACCUUUAUGUGGACAAACUGAUUCCUUUCUUGGUAACUUUAGUGCACAAUUGCUGGAGUAGGAGCUGCUCAGGUGCAAGACUAACAAAUACUUAGCUUUA